GGUUCUACCUGAAGCAGGAUGUCUCGUUUCGAAGCUAAGAAGCCAUCACUGUGUAAAACCGAACCAUUGACAAGUGAGAGAGUCAGGUCCACACUUUCUGUCUUGAAAGGAAUCCUAGCGUCAUGCUAUGGCCCUUCAGGGAGGCUGAAGCAGCUGCACAAUGGCUUGGGAGGUAGUGUGUGUACAACCUCACAGUCCUCAGCCCUGCUUCGCAACCUUUCAGUCACCCAUCCCGUAUUGAAGGUCCUAACAGCGUCUGUGCAGAAUCAUGUGUCCUGCUUCAGUGACUGUGGCCUAUUUACAGCCAUUCUGUGCUGUAACCUGAUUGAAAAUACUCAAAGGAUAGGCUUAACACCCACGAAGGUUAUUAAGUUAAAUAAAGACCUCCUGAGUUUCUGCACCAGUUAUCUCAAGUCUGAAGCCUGUAGUUGUCGAAUCCCAGUUGAUUUCAGUAGUACACACAUCCUCCUUGGCUUGGUCCACAGUAUCUUAACCAGCAAACCUGCCUGUUUGCUCACCAGAAAAGAAACAGAUCACAUCAGUGCUUUGAUUUUGAAAGGUUUUUUGCUUACAAUCCCAGAAAGUGCAGAAGACCGAAUCAUUUUAGGGAAGAGUAUAAUUGUUCCCUUAAAGGGCCAAAGAGUUACAGAUUCCACUAUAUUACCUGGACUGCUCAUUGAAGUGUCCGAAGUUCAAUUAAGGAGAUUACCCACCCGGAAGUCAAGUGCCCUCAAGGUGGCGCUCUUCUGUGUGUCUUUAUCAGGAGAUUUUUCUAAUGCUGGAGAAGGAACUGUGGUGGUCCCUUACCAAGUGUCCCUUGAGAAUGCAGUUUUAGAGCAGUUGCUUAGUCUGGGAAGGCAGCUAGUUAGUGACCAUGUAGAUCUUGUCCUGUGCCAAAAAGUUAUGCACCCAUCUUUGAAACAGUUCUUCAGUGAGCAUCACGUUAUUGCCAUCGACAGAGUUGGAGUGACUCUGAUGGAACCCCUGAGCAAAGUGACAGGAGCAACACUCAUUGGUUCCCUAAACACAAUAGCUUCUACUACUUAUGGAAGUGUGAAAGAUUUGCACGCUGCAAGGUUUGGCUCCAAACACUUUUUCCAUCUUAUUCCUCAUGAGGCAACUGUCUGCAGCUUGCUUCUCUGCAGUAGAAAUGACACCGCCUGGGAGGAGCUGAAGCUCGCAUGUCAGACGGCAAUGCAUGUCUUACAGCUAACAAUCAAGGAACCAUGGGUAUUAUUGGGAGGUGGCUGUACAGAAACACACUUGGCUGCUCAUAUCAGACACAAGGUUCAUAAUAAGGCAGAUGACAUUGUCAAAGAGGAUGGUUAUUCUCCAGCGGAACUCCGGAUUGCUGCUGAAGCAUUUUGCAGUGCUCUAGAAUCCGUUGCUGGCUCUUUGGAACACGAUGGUGGUGAAAUCCUCAUUGACAUGAAGUAUGGACACUUUUGGUCAGGUCAAGCGGCUUCUGCUUCUGUUAACUGGCCAGAUAUGCUGUCACGAUGCGGCUGUGGCUUGUACAACAGCCAGGAAGGACUCAGCUGGUCUUUCUUAAGAAGCACUUAUCAUCCUUUUGAACCACAAACCUGCCUGUCACAGGCAGCUGUGGGCUCAGCCAGCAACUUGAUUGUAGACUGUUUCACUGCCAAGCUUAGUGGCCUGCAGGUGGCUGUGGAGACAGCCAAUUUGAUUUUAGAUCUUUCAUAUGUCAUUGAAGAUAAAAACUAACAUAAGAGAAUGGUAUAUUUAUGUUAUUAAACUAGUUCAGAUGUCUAAGGAUAAAAAAUGGUUGUUCUCUCCCAACGGCCUAUUCUGCCUAGAAGGAGAUAUGAUUUAUAAAAAUGUAGACUUACUUUCUUAAGGAAAGACAUGAAUGUGAAAUAGAAAUGUAUAGACUGCUAGUAAUUCUUGAUGCCUUUGCUUUGUCACCAUCAUAUCACAUUUGGUGUUUGUACCAUGCAUUUAUGUUUGGAGGUUUGUAAAUACUAAAGACAGUGUACCACCCUAAAAUAUGGGAGUUGCUCCAAUAAAGGGUGACCCUGAACCUUUCCCACUAGCAAGGUAGUAGUCUUCCCUUUUCAUGGUAGCCAUUGGUCCUACACAUUUAGCUUUUCAUAAAACUUGAUACUUUCCUUGCUGUAACAUUGUUGGCUUAUUUUAAAUAUUGUGCAAUUUUGUUAGGAUGUUUUAAUAAAAUCAUUGUGUUCCCUAAAACUAUAUAUAACCUAUAAUAGAAAAUACUGGAAAUAUAGCUAAACAUAGGUAACAUGUUCUUGCAAUCUCAACUACUAGGAGGUUGAGUCAGGAGCAUUGAUACUGCCAUGCCUGAGACCUAAGCAAUAGUAGGACCCUUUUCCGAAGUAGAAGACAACACUUCACUAAUACUUGAAGAAAAUGAUGCAAAUUCAGAUGGAAAAACAUGGCAUAAGAAUUCUUGAUGAAAAUAAUUUCAAAAAAUCUCAUUUUGGCAAAAACAAAUGACAAAAAAAUAAUCAUAAGCACAUUGUGAUUAAAAGUAAGAUUGAGGAGCAAGAGAGAUGGCUCAGCAGUUAAGACCACUGCUUGCUCUUCCAGAGGUCCUGGGUUCAAUUCCCAGCACCCACAUAGCAACUCACAGCCUUCUGUAACUCUAAUUCCAGGAGAUCUGACCCCUUUUCUGACCUCCACAGGCACCAGGCAGGCACAUGGUGUACAGAGAUCCAUGCAGGCAAACUUUACUCAUACAUAUAAUAAAAUAAUUAUAAAGUAA